AAACCUGCAAGACCUCAGUCUUUGAGGGCAGGACUGUCUACCCUUUGUCUAGGAUUUCUCCAUCUUGGAAAAAUGUUGCUCAAUGUGUUUCAGUUGUCUCAAAGCCAAAGAAGUUUGUUUUUCCAGACUGAUGAAUAUUAAUGACUGUGUUUUUACCUGAAAGUUUGGUUUUAAUUUGUGCUUUUUUUGAUAAUUGUCAACUUCCUGCAGUCAGGUAGGUUCUAUUUCAUUUAUUCAAAAUAACAGAGUAAGACUAGAAAUGGGUAUUUGUGAUGAGAUCUUACUCACCUCUCCAAAGAAUGCACUUUAAAAAGCUAAAUUAAUUUGGUAUAGUGGUUUCAUAAUUUUUUUUAUUUUUUUAUUUUUUACCUCUUAAUAAAAUAAAUUAUCAUUUUAAAAGUAGAUUUGUGUUCAAGAUUGUUACCUUUGUUGUUGAAAAGUGUUUGGGGCGAUAAAAAGUAAAAACAAAAGAAGCUGGUGGUUAGAAUAACACUUUUAGCUUUUUAUAUCAUGCAUAGCUUAAUUUUAACUUUAUGUUGUAGCAGACGUACUUAUUUGUUACAAUAAAAACUUAGCAUAUGAUUUCACUUUGAAAAUGCAAACAAAAUUUUCAUAACUCAUAGCAACAGAAAGGUACACACUUAGGUGCAAGUGAGAUGAAAGGAUGGCUGAAAUCACUCAUGAAGAGCAUUUGUUUGAUGGUAAAGCUGCGUCACCAAUUCAGGGCGUGUUCCUCACAGCGAGGUCUAUAUAGUUUUGUGAUGCUUGAUCCUGAAUACACAACACAUCCUUGCACCCAAUCGUAGCUCUGUUAAAAGGGGGGACUCUUCUCCGAACAUGCAGGCUGAGGAAUACAACCGCAGAGGUAAGGAGCUGGUGGACUAUAUCACCAAGUACCUGAGCUCCAUCAGGGAGAGGAGGGUCAUCCCUGAUGUGAAGCCAGGCUACAUGAGAGAGCUGCUUCCUGAAGCUGCGCCGACUGAACCGGAGGACUGGGAGAGCAUCUUCAAUGACAUUGAAAAAGUCAUCAUGCCUGGGGUGGUUCAUUGGCAAAGCCCUCAUAUGCACGCCUACUACCCCAGUCUGACUUCGUGGCCCUCCAUGUUAGGGGACAUGUUGGCUGAUGCCAUCAACUGUGUGGGAUUCACAUGGGCCUCCAGCCCAGCCUGCACAGAGCUAGAAAUGAAUGUGAUGGACUGGUUGUGUAAAGCGCUGGGGCUUCCCUUGUUUUUUCUUCAUUAUCACCCUGACAGCAGAGGUGGAGGCCUGCUGCAGAGCACAGUAAGUGAGGGGACUCUAGUUGCUCUCCUGGCUGCCAGGAAAGACAAAAUACUGCAGCUGAAGGCUGAGCUGGACCAGGAAGUGGACGACUCGGUUCUCAACUCCACACUGGUGGCAUACGCUUCAGAUCAGGCCCAUUCGUCUGUGGAGAAGGCAGGUCUGAUCGCUCUGGUGAAGAUUAGGUUUCUUCCAGCUGAUGAGAAGCUGUCUCUGAGGGGAGACACUCUGAAGCAAGCCAUUCAAGAGGACCGGAGGAGGGGCCUUGUUCCAUUCAUGCUGUGUUCGACUCUAGGAACAACAGGAGUGUGUGCAUUUGACAAGCUCUCUGAACUGGGACCAAUCUGUAAAGAAGAGGGACUCUGGCUUCAUGUUGAUGCUGCGUAUGCUGGCUCCGCCUACUUUUGUCCAGAAUUACGCUGGUCUCUAAACGGCAUUGAGUUUGCACAGUCUUUUGUUUUUAACCCCUCAAAGUGGAUGAUGGUUCAUUUUGACUGCACAGCUUUCUGGGUAAAGGAUAAAUAUAAGCUCCAGCAGACCUUCAGUGUUGAUCCUGUUUACCUCAGACAUGAAAACUCACGGGCAGCCACAGACUUUAUGCACUGGCAAAUUCCUCUCAGCCGACGUUUUCGAUCUCUGAAGCUUUGGUUCGUCAUGCGUUCCUUCGGGCUGAAAAAGCUCCAAGCUCAUAUCAGACAUGGAAUUAAGAUGGCGAAGCUCUUGGAGUCUAAAAUAAGGAGCAACCCAAACUUUGAGGUUCCUGCUGAGACACAUCUUGGCCUGGUGGUUUUCUGUCUGAAAGCAGGAAACAUUUUGACUCAGGAGCUGCUGAGGAGACUGACCCGUUCCGGCACCAUGUACCUCAUCCCUGCAGAAAUCCACACAAAACGCAUCAUUCGAUUCACAGUGACUUCCCAGUUCACCACAGAGGAUGACAUUGUAAAGGACUGGGCCUUUAUUUCUAAAACUGCUAGUGCUCUUCUAGCUGAGAAGGAAAGUUUUAAUAACGCUGAACAGCUCGGAUCAGAUGAGGAAAAGGCAACAGCAAAGGAAGAUAGCAUAGAGCCUCAUUUGGAUGUCAUGGCUGAUGAAAAAGAAGACAUGGUCACCCAGCUGGAAAAAGCUAACGUAGACCUGUGGAUUGACAAAGCCUGGAAUCGACCUAGGCGACCGAUGCGCUCUCUUAGCUGCAACAGUGAACCACUGCCUUACUGGGCGCUGUUUAGCUUUGAUUGUGAAUCGUUGCCUUGUCUUAAAGACGGAUCAGACGGCCUCCCUCCGCCAUCACCGACAGAUUCUAUGAUUAAAGAGGUGCCUUCAAAUCUUCCGGGGAAGCAGGUCCUGAAAAAGCUUACAAAGUUUUACAGUGUUCCCAGUUUCUGCAACCAAUGGGCCCAGUGCAGCCGGCACCAGCUGACCUGCCCUCUGAAGGUCUCACACGGUGGUCAGAAGCUUUUAUCCUCCACCUGCAGGAGAAUUAACUGCACACACUCGUCCUCUGCUACAAACACAGCAUCUUCCACCUCUCCACUGGAAAGUCCCAGGUGUCUUAAAAACUCUCAAAUCCAUGAACAAUAAUUUAAAGUUGACUUAAAGUUGCAUAUGUUAACAAAAUAGCUUUUUUUUUCUUUCAAUAAUCAUCAACCAUAAAAGCUACUAAUUUUUCAUUGUUUUUGUUUCAUCAUGGCUUUCCUCUGUACUUAUGGAUGGAGCCUUUACUGCUUUUAAAUGAGAAAGGUUUUUAUAGAAAGUACCUCUAGCUCAUUUGUUUAGUGUUUAGCCUUUUCUUUUAAUUUACACUAGCUAGGAUAAAGCUUUUGCUGCUUUGUGUACUUUUUGUUCCACAGAAAGCAUUUUCAUUGAUUUUGUGUCCAGCUGUGUGUGUUAUUGGAAAAGAGUUAGUUAGUGAGCUACUGUUUCCAUUACCUAUGUCUUCAUUUUUUAUUUUCUUUUAUGGACAAUUUUCAUUCAAAAAUGACCUCCUGGUUCAGCAAGUCGCCAUAGAAAGAUGCUCAUAUCGUGUCUGGUUCUGUUGAAUGUAUCUUUAACUGUUUGGUCCUAAUAAUUGCUUUGAGAUGGAACUGUUGUAAAUUGGUGAAAUAAAUAAAACUACAACAAUAA